AUGGGCAACUCCGCGCUGAGGCGCCUGAGGGGGCAGCCCCGCCAUCCCUCCCCGCCUGCUCCCAUCGACACUUCCGUGACCUACGCCGUGUCGGGAGUCUGCGCCGACGGCUCCCGAUACGAGGGCCAGUGCACCAUAGGCCGAGGGAUCGGGAACCGGUACCGAUUCGAGAGGGACGAGAGCGCGGACGGGCCAGCACGGUGCUUCGGAUCCAGCGGGGCCGGCGCGCUGAUCGGCGAUCGGAUAAUCGUGCUGUGGCGCGGGGGGCUGUCGGUGGCGUACAGGCUGCAUGCGGACGGGGUCUUGAGAGGGGCGUGGGCGGGUGGCGCAGCGACGGAUGAACUGGCGCCCGUGGACCCCGCCAGACCCCUGGCGAGGCGAGAGCGGGAGGGAUUUAAGCGUCCGGUGGUGCUGAACGUCGAGGGGAACUACGAGGAGAAGGUUGGGGCCGGGGCGCGCUUCCCCUGCCAUGUGAUCUGCAGGAUCUGUGAAGAGGGCGGGGGUGAUAACAAUUACCGUUUCGACUGGAGGAUCUCCGCGGGGAGGGCUCCGGCGGGGGAAGGGGUCGUCGAGUGCCACGGAAGCGGGACAGUGGCCUGCAGCGAGAUGAAGACGUCCUGGUCCACGUCCAGGGGAGCAGCUUGCCGUGAAUCUAGAGAUGGCAGAUUGCGAACGACAGCGGACCAAAUGGUCGUCGUGCGCCUUGUGGGUACAUCCGCCCCUCGCCAGAGGCGGGCGUCGACCGGCUCGCCGACUCCACGGCGCGCUUCCGGAUCGCGUGGCGGAGAAAAUGGGCGACAUGGCGACAGGAAGGGAAGAGGGGAAGGGAUUGUGGUGGCUGGCCACGAUCAUGUCCCCCUUGAUGAUAAGGGCUGCGAGAGGGGCAGGGGUGAGGGAAGGGCGGCCGGCGGCCGUGAGGAGAAGGCCCGGGGCCGCGGCGGCGCGGAAUGUGGCCCCCCGGGGGGCGGCGCGGAAUGUGGCCCCCCGGGGGGCGCCGCGGGUGCCUUGCACGGCAGCCUCGAGAGGCGGUACGUUGCCUUGGCCGGCCACCGGAGGGUGCGCAGUUACGGCGCCGCCACUGGUGGAAUGGAG